GCUGUGCUGGAUACUGCAAAGGGAUAGAUACAGUCCUCCAGCGCUCCGUCUUCAAAGAAUAUAACUUCCAUUGGCACCGUCGGCGGCCUUCGACUGAACAGCCAACAACCUCCCAGGGUGUUGCCAAGGAGCAUAUUCUAGUCAGACCAUGCAAAUUUACCUCUCAUCAUCAAGCUGUUCUUCACCCACAUUGCACCUUCCUCCUAGUGAUUCGAUGCAGCGGCCUUCCUCCUCUGAAACGCGGCACCUAUGUUGAUAUGAACCUGAACCUCGCAUCGGCCCAAACAUGCCAACCUAAACGAUACCACGCGAGGCACCAUGGAAGCUGGCCCUGCAGUCCCAGCCUACAUCCUGCGAGGGCAUGAAGUGGCCAUUCACGCCCUUCACUUCUACGCCAGCAACGCGCUACUUGCCUCCGGAGACAGCGACGGGUGGAUGGUCAUAUGGAGUCUCUCGUCCAAACGACCCGUGGCUGUGUGGAAGGCUCAUGAGGCGGGAAUUCUGCAAAUCAAGCAUUGGACAGCGAAUAGACUUGUCAGCCACGGAAGAGAUCAUAAACUCCGCGUCUGGCAACUUCGACCGGAAGAUCUCGCAGGUCUACGCACGAAAUUGCCUGCUGACUCGGAUGGCUCAGCAGCAGCAGCAGCAGCAUCAUCAUCACCAUCAUCAGAGCAUCCGCAACCAUGGCUACUUCAUUCCAUGUCAGUCAACGCCCUCAAUUUCUGCGCCUUCUCCAUGUGCGAUCAGGAUCCCCGACAACCUGGAUGCGAGGACGCCGUCCCUCAGCUCAUUGCCUCGCCCAACGGCCUCGACUCGGGAGGUAUGGACAUCUUCCAGCUUCCAUCGGAGAGACGGGUGUCGCAGAUCCGAUCGGACAAGAACAACUCGAUGGGAAUGGUAAUGGCUGUGUGCCUCUUCCACCAGACGACCGACACAGCAUCACCACUCGUCCUCGUCUCGGGCUACGAGGACGGACGAAUCACGAUCCACGUACACCCAGGGGAUCUGACCAGCCCAGGAUCGGCUGGGUGGCAGAAAGUCGCCAGCUGCAAAGCCCACGCGCAACCCAUCCUGUCGCUCGCCAUCCUCCCUUCCACGACGCACUUCUUCACGUCCAGCGCCGACUCCGUGGUCUCCAAAUUCCGCGUGCCUUCCCUCGCCGAUGUCCAAGGAAAGGACCUGGAAAGCGAAAAGGCCAUCAAUACGAAACACUCGGGCCAGCAGGGCCUCAGCGUGCGCUCCGACGGCAAGAUCUUCGCCACUGCGGGCUGGGACGGGCGCGUGCGCGUGUACUCGUGCAAGACGGUCAAGGAAUUGGCGGUGCUGAAGUGGCACAAAGUAGGAUGCUAUUCCACGGCGUUCGCGACCAUCGAUCCUAUUGAAACUCCCAAUGUUGGUGGCACGGAUGAUGUUCUUUCUUCUUCAUCUGCUACUAAUGCUGCCGGAGAGGGCGCAGUAUUAUCGAGCAUUACUGCCACAAAAGCCCUCACAAAACCUAUGAAUGCAGUCGACAUGAUAAAGCAACAACGGGAAGAAAAGGCUCGACGGACACAUUGGCUAGCCGCUGGCGGCAAAGACGGCAAAAUUUCAUUGUGGGAUAUCUACUGACAGCACUUUUUCCGGCCACGCACAUUCCCGCUGUUCGAAUAUGCUCACGCUGCGCUUCAUUGCUUCGGUACUUAGAUUUUUGCUCCUUCCAAAUCGCCAGCCUGUUCCUCUGGCUUGGGCUCUUCCGAUUUUCCCUGAGCGACCUUCCGAAUGCUCAGUUGCGGCACCUUGCGAAACUUCCCAGGGUUCGCAGCAUGCUGUCUGAGGUGCUUUCGCUCUUUCCGAUUUAUGCGGGGUUCUAGAAUCACGUUGUCGAUGAGUCUGACGCUGCGCUGAUUCAGUUCCUCUUGUGUUUUGGGCUUGUCGACGGGCGAGACGAUCAUCGCGGCGCUGACGACGGCGCCGAUGCGUGGAUUGACUUUUUUGUCGUCCAUAAUGGUUCCCAUUGUAUCCGGAUCGCUCAUUGCAAUAUAGUCGAUCUCGAUGCGACCGCUCGAACCCUCUCGGCCAUCGCUUCGAACUCUUGUGGCAUCCUCCUCAAAGACGUUGAAUGCGGCUCGGCGCAGACGCCUCACGUCCAACACUCCGGCGUUGUAAAGAUCACGCGUCGCAAAAAGCGCCCUGGAUAACACCGUAGCAUCCUCCCUUCGCCGGUUACCGAGAUAGACAUUCCGACUGCUCAUGGCCAAUCCAUCCGGUUCUCUUUCCGUUGGCACGACGCGGACUUCGGUGGGAAUAUGGAAAUCCUUUACCAUACGCUUGAUGAGUAUUGAUUGUUGGAUAUCUUUCUGACCAAAAUAGACGCGGUCAGCUUGGACGAUGUUGAACAGUUUUGUGCAGACUGUCGCCACGCCACGGAAAAAUAUCGGGCGCGAUGCUCCCUCGAGUUGAGACCCAAGGGGUGUGAUGGUGACAAAGGAGCCAGGGCCGGCGAUGUCUGAAGUGGGUGGGAGUGUAGGAUACAUGGUCUUGACAGUGGGCGCAAAGACACCCCGUAUCGCUCCAGGUCUUUGCGAUUGGCCUACAGUCAUGAUGUGUUCCUGUUGGAGCUUUUUCAACUUUUCCAUGUCUUCGUUCCAGGUGACCGGGUAGGAAUCGAGAUCCUCAUGGGCGGCAAACUGGGUGGGGUUGACGAAAAUAGAAAUGAAGACGUCGGUAUUCUCUUGAAGAGCGUGGCGUACGAGGGAGAGGUGACCUUCGUGUAGAGCCCCCAUAGUUGGGACGAAGCCCACAGUGCGUCCUUGAAGGAGGAGCUUCCUGCGCACAGCGCGUAGUUGGUUGACGUGUCGGAAGACAGGAAAGGGAGAGGAAGGCGGACUGG